UUGUGGUGCAUCAGCGAUUGCAGUCCGGAAGUGGAUGGACUUGGCGGUGGAUUGAGGGCAGUCGGUAGGUGCACCAACAUGGCCCGCCAGUGGGCGCUCGAUUGGACAGUGAUCGUCCUGACUUGCCAGCACAAGGACAGUGUGUACGCCUUUCAGAGAGAGUUGGAAGCGCGGCAGCGGCGCGGAUCUCUACCAAAGGGGGCGCUGUUGUUGACCGUAGCCGACCCCCAGGAGCGCCUGGGCAGCGGGGGUGCCACCCUGAACGCCCUGCUGGUGGCGGCAGAGCACCUCAGCGCCAGGGCCGGGCACACCGUGGUGACCGCUGACGCACUGGAUGACGCCCACAUCCUCAUCCUGCACACGGGCCGGGACUUCCCGUGGGACAGCUGUGGGCGGGCUUUCUGCUGGCUGCCCGUGCAGGAGAGUACAGGGCUGGUGGAGCAGCCUGUGUGCUGCCUGGACCUGCUGCUGAGUGUCCUCACAAACCAGGUCUGCCCUGGCUCUCCUCCGGGUGUUUGGGUGUGCAGCACUGAUAUGAUCCUGGAGUUACCCAGCAAUCCCGCCAUGUCUUGGGACGGCUUCUAUGGAGUUAGAGUGCUGUCUGUGCCGGGGGAGGUGACCUUUGCCACCAGCCAUGGGGUGUACCUCACUGAUGAGCAGGACCGAGUGCGUGACAUCAUCUACAGGGGACCCGAGGAGAAGAUCCGACAAGCCGCUCGGGCUGAUGGGAAGGUUCCGCUGGUGUCUGGGCCAGUGUUCUUCUGCAGGGAGGUGUCCGAGCGGCUGCUGCAAAUGCACGUGACCCCCCCGCUGGACGGCUGCACCUACCUGGGCAUGGACUCUGGGGCCCCCCCAUUAGAGAUCUCGCUGUUCCUGGACGUGCUGCUGUGCCUGUGUUCGGACGUGAGCGAGGACCGCUUCGUCAGCGCAGAGAGGCAGGGCUGCGCUUCCCCGCGUGGCCCGCAGGGGGCGGCAGUGAGGAACGCGAGGGCGCUUCUCUGGAGAGCUCUGCGCGGGACCCCCCUCUCCCUGGUCUACGUUCCAGAUGGUCGCUAUGACUACAUGACGCUCUCUGGCCUGGAGCACGUGAGGCGCCUGACGCAGACGGGGACGGAGAGAGAGACGCUGUCACACGUGCAGAAUGUACAGAGUUUGGCCGCGGGCAGUAGAGUGAUAAACAGCGUUUUGGAAGGGGACGUCCUUGUUUCUGCCGGAGCGGUUGUCCUGCGCUGCCACCUGCAGGGCCCAGUGCAAGUGCCGCCCGGUUGUUUGGUGUCGGGGCUGGAGCUGUCCUCGCUGAGCUGUGUUCCGCAGCUGGCUCUUCUCAAUGACAUCAUCAUUCAGGGACACCGUGUGCAGCUAGGGGAGCUGCAGCUGACGGUCUUCACAGUGCUGGGUUCUCAUGACAACCUGGAGGCAUCUCUUGAUGAUCCGUCUGCCACGUUCCUGAACCGCAAGUGGACGGACUUCUACGAGCGCACGGGAAUUCGACCUGGCGACCUGGGGGGAGCGGGGGGCCAUGGCGACGCCUGCCCCUGUCUCCUCGACGUCCGCCUUUUCCCCGUGUUUCAGCCCCGGGGGGGCACCGUGGGGCUGGAGGGGGUGGGGUGGCUGCUGGGCGGGGCCGGGGGUGGAGCCGGGGCUGGGGGCAGGGCAGGAGGUGGGGCCUGGGACGCGGGCCGCUGGCGGGCGGCGUGGCGGCUCUCCCUGAGGGAGGUGCUGUCCUGCGCUGACCAGCAGGAGGAGCUGCGCUGGAGGGAGGAGCUGUUUUUCCGCGCUGCGCGGCGGAGGGCGGGGGACGGGCUGAGGGGCCGGACCGACCGCAGCCUCCUCCCCAGCGUCAGGGCCGCCGUCCUGGCCGGCCAGCAGGAGGCGCUGCUGCGUACGCUGGACGCUGUGGCAGCAGGAAGCAGCGAGGACCUCGGCAUAGCUGCCCGCAGUCUUGCCUGCAUAGCGGAUGUGCUCGGCUGCCUGGCUGGAGAGGGAAGGGGGGGCCUGAGAAGUGGGCCGGCCGCGAACCCCGCCUGGGCCCCCGCCUUCGCCCUGCUGGAGGGGGGGGACCUGCCAGGGGGGGUCCAGGCGCUGGCCGAAGAGAGACAGAACUGGAAGAGCAGGCCGGAUCUGCUGGUGCGCGCUGCGAGGCACUACGAGGGGGCGGGGCAGGUGCUGCUGCGGCAGGCUGUGAUGUCAGCGCGGCGCUUUGUUUCCAUUGGCCGAGGGAAGUUGCCGCCAAUCGGGGAGUGGCAGGAGGUGGAAUGCCCGGCCAGGCUGGACCUAUCAGGUGGGUGGAGCGACACCCCGCCAAUCGCGUUCGAGCGCGGCGGCGCCGUGGUGAACGUGGCUGUCAGGGUGGGCGGCAGGCGGCCAAUCGGGGCCCGAGCUCGCCGGAUCAAGGAACCCCAUCUCCUAUUGGUCAGCUCCAGCGGUGGGCGGGACUGCCAGGUUGCCACGGAGACCGUGUGCCUAACCCUGCAGGACCUGGAGGACCACUGCCAGCCUCACGCCCCAGGUGCCCUGCUGAAGGCGGUGUGCGUGUGCAGCGGCCUGGUCACCUUCCCUUCCCAGCAGCCCCUGGGGCAGCAGCUGCAGCAGCGUUGGGGCGGGGGGGUGGAGCUGCGCAGCUGGUCGCUGCUCCCCCACGGAUCUGGCCUGGGUACGAGCAGCAUCCUGGCGGGGGCGCUGCUGGCUGCCGUGUACAGGUGCACCGGUCGCACCUUCGACACCGACUCCCUCAUCCACGCCGUGCUGCACCUGGAGCAGAUCCUGACCACAGGCGGGGGGUGGCAGGACCAGGUGGGGGGGCUGGUGGGGGGGGUGAAGAUCGCACGCUCCCGGGCCUGUUUGCCCCUGAAGGUGGAAGUGGAGCGUCUGGAUCUCUCUGAGGACUUCCUGUCAUCACUGCAACAGCGCCUCCUGCUGGUCUACACGGGAAAGACACGUCUGGCUCGAAAUCUACUGCAGGAUGUGGUGCGGAGCUGGUACAGCCGCCUGUCGUCCAUCGUGGAGAACACCGAGCAGCUGGUGAGCAACGCGGAGGAGUGCGCCCGCGCCUGUGUGGAGGGUGAGAGCGCGCGGGGCCGGGGGGCGGGGUGGGCGGGCAGGCGGGCGGGGCAGGGUGCGGGGCAGGGUGGGUCGCAGGCUUCGGUGAAGCUCGGGAAGCUGUGGUCGCUGAGGUUCCUUCAGGCAGCCUGUCGGCGGGGCGGCCUGUCCUGUGACCGGACCCUGCAGAGGAAGGCAUGA